AUGUCUGCAACUAAAACUCAAACAGAAUCAACACAAUUGUCCGUCAAGGCCUCUUCAAUCAAGCAUGCGUUAUCUGACGUUGUUAAAGAAGAUGAUUGGUCUGAUUUCGCAUUCGAGGCGAUUAGAGAAGCAACUGUCUCUCGUGCUAUGACAUCUCGUUACUUUAAAGACUUAGACAAGUUCGCCGUUUCGGAUGUAGUCAUUGUCGGUGCUGGUUCCAGUGGUCUAUCAGCAGCUUACGUCAUUGCAAAGAAUAGACCAGACUUAAAAAUUGCUAUAAUUGAAGCUAACGUUGCACCUGGUGGUGGUAGUUGGUUAGGAGGUCAACUCUUCUCAGCAAUGAUUAUGCGUAAGCCAGCAGACUUAUUCUUGAAAGAAUUGGGUAUUCCUUUUGAAGAUGAGGGCACUUAUGUGGUUGUUAAACAUGCUGCUUUAUUCAUGUCCACCGUUUUGAGCGAAGUAUUGAAGUUCCCAAACGUGAAGCUAUUCAAUGCAACUGCAGUUGAAGAUCUAGUUACUAGACCAACUGAAGACAAAUCUGGAAAUGUCACGGCUGCAGGUGUGGUUACUAACUGGACUUUAGUUACCCAGGCACACGACUUACAAUCCUGUAUGGAUCCAAAUGUUAUUGAACUUUCUGGUUACAAGGAAGAUGGUUCUAGAGACUUCUCCCAAAAGCACGGUGUUAUUUUGUCCAGUUGUGGUCAUGAUGGCGCUUUCGGUGCAUUCACUGUAAAGCGUCUAGCUUCAAUUGAUAAGCGUAACACUUAUGGUGGUAUGAAAGGAUUGGAUAUGAACAGAGCAGAAGCUGCUGUGGUUAAGAAUGCAGGCUCUUAUGACGGUGUUGCUAACAUCUAUUUUGCAGGUAUGGAAGUUGCAGAGUUGGCAGGUUUAAACAGAAUGGGUCCAACCUUCGGUGCAAUGGCUGUUAGCGGUAUUAAAGCUGCUGAGGAAAUCUUGAAGCAUUUUGCAAACUAG